AUGUCUACUAACGUCCCUUCACUAGCAAAGCAGAGCCUUCUGCUUGAAUUCGCCAGUUUGAAGCAUGCCUCUCCAGAGGGGCUAUAUGUAACCAUCACACCAGGUGAUCCUUCGUUAUGGUCCGGUGUUCUUUUCGUUCGCGAAGGACCGUACAAGGGUGCCGUACUUCGCUUUCAAAUUUCAUUCCCUAACCCCUUCCCCUCAUCACCACCCUUGAUAACAUUUGCGUCGGAUAUAUUUCAUCCGCUACUUACUCCGUUGACCACUUAUACAUACACAACAAGCACUUCCGACACAGAAACUGUCAGUGCUACCGACUUUGAACGAUUACCUCCCGGAGGGUUCAGUCUGCGACACGGGUUUCCACAAUGGUUUGGCCGCGAGCGGACUGUAUCACUGGAAUUGGCUAGAUCCCCAAAAUCUGACGGUUCGUCGUCUACAUUCGGCUCCUCAACUACGACGCGACCACUUCUUGACGUGACUAUGCACGACGUGCUAGAAUACAUGCGAAAGGCCUUCAGCAGCGAGGAAUUGCUUGACUCAAUUCCCUUGAGCGCUGCUGCUAAUCCGGGUGCGUAUCACGCUUACAGGGCGUUCAAGGGGCGUGAUCAACUCUCAAGUGCGACUCAGAGUCGCACUACCAGUCCCGAGCCUUCUACAAGUCGGGCAAGGAAACCUGGUGAAUGGAACUGGGAAGGCGUUUGGGAGGAGAGGGUGAAGCGCGGGGUGCAGAGUACGCUUAGUGAGGGUAUGUUGUACGGAAGCGCUGGCGCUGGGGACGAUGUGAUACGAUUCGCUGAAAUGCCGGACGAAGCUCUCCAGAAGAUCAAAGCGCGUAUAUUAAAGUCAUAA